UCAAGUCCUGAAGACAAAUAUUUUUUAAAAAAUGUCUUUAAUAUCAAUUGUUUUAUUAAUUUCGAUGGGAUUUUCAUCAGUUGUGGCCAAAAGUCAAACAAAUACCAACAGAAACACAUUGAUUAUGAUUUUGUCAAUUGUUCUGAUCGUUGCGUUGACUCUUCUCGUUGUUUUGCUUUUCGUUUAUUGUUUUUGUCUGAAGAAAAAACAAAAAGUCGCGAACAAAACACAAACACAAAGUCCUAUAAAUGGCAAAAGUGAAGAAAAUGUAAUACAAAUGGUUGACAUCGAGAAGAAAGUCGACAUUCAAACCGACGAUCAAAAACCAGAAAAUUUUUCAGUCAUUCAAAAGCGAAUGGAAGACGUGUUUAAAAAAGAAAACAAAACACCUGUCGAUAAACCGCCGAAUAAAGGCGGACAACGAAUUCAGAUGAAUGUCAUCAACUUUAAGAAGAUUGUGUCCACAAAUCCAAAGAAGAACAAUAAAAUUGAAAAGAAGAAUAAAAUUGAAAACAAGAAUAAAAUUGAAAAUAAGAAAGAAGUGAAUCCCGUAAUGAAAAAACAGACAAAAAUAAAGCAUAAAAGUGUUGUCACCACUGAAAUCAAAAAACAGAAAAGUAUUGUCACCAAUGAAAUAAAAAAAGUGGAUUCAAAUGAAAAAGUGAGACAAUUGUUAAGUAAAUCGACGCCGAAAUCAAAUGUAAACAAUAAUAAUGACAAUAAUAAUGACGAAAGAACAACUGAAGAGCCAAAGCCAACUUUACGCCAACCGUUCAAUAGUUGUAUUAAAGCCAACAUUUAA